CACUGUCGGACAGUCUAGCAGCAGCCACGCUAGGGACAACAUCAUGAACACAGAACGUAGAGUUCCGAGCAUGUACAACCUCACGCUUAUGAGAUGUCUGGUAUUCAAUAACACUCCAGCACAACAUGGCGCCAUGAUGCAAUUUUAAUUUCCAACGCAGGCCUGCAGGCUUCAAAUUAUAUACAUAUAUUUUCAUAUUUGAUAUCCUAAUGUCAACUGCAGAAGAAACUACAGACCUACACACCGAUCCAUGUAGCAACGAGUUUGUUUCCGAAAAUAGCCGAAGUCUUCCGAGUGGAGAUACAGAAGCUUUUCUAUACGAACUCAAAAUGGCGGCCGUGGCAGCACGGACACGGUGCCGACAAAUGUUCCCGAAAAUUCACGAGGAUUCCCGAACUGUUACAAGAAAACUUAAAUGAUCAAAAUGCGGUAUUGUCCACCAAACGUGACACUUGGGGAAGUAUGGAUUAACCAUGGGACGUCACAGUGUUUCAUGGAGACACUUACAGUCAGUAUUACUGCUGGCUUACUGUUUCUCUUUGGGUCAGCACAGCUUUGGAUUUACAGAAAAUAUGGUACACAGUUGGCACAGUUGUCAUUACCACGUUCAAAGCUGUAUCAUGCACAGAUUUUCUUCACAUUCCUCCUGCCUGUCUUAGCAGCCAUGCGAUUUAUAUUGCAGGCAACAGUUCUUAAUGGAGGAAUUGUGUAUGGGUACAUGAUUCUGUCUGUCCUGCUCACUGUAGCCAUGUUCCCAUUCUCUGCGUACAUAAUUGUUUUGGAACGCAACUACCUUCUGCCAUCAGUUCCAACACGAGGUCAUGGGCUGGUUCUUUUAUUUUUCUGGACAUUGGUAUUGAUAUCAGAGAGCUUGUCUUUCAUCAAUUUGAACAGAGAAGACUGGUGGUUUCAUCUCACUACACUGACUGAUGAGAUUGAGAUGGCCGUGUUUGUGACACGCUUUGUGUCAUGUGUUAUUCUGUUUGUACUUGGACUGCGAGCCCCAGGCAUUAUGACAACCAGAGACUAUUUAAACCUGAACAACUCGUCCAGUGAGCACAACAUUGAGAUAGAUGACACUGGUGUAACAAAUCAAGGAUCUACAUUCCGAAAUGUGUGGAAGAAGAUGUCUGUUCUGGCUCCUUUCCUGUGGCCAAAAAAGGAUGUCCUCCUACAGUUUCGAGUUAUGUUCUGCUUCCUUCUUCUGGCAGCUGGGCGAGCAAUCAACCUGUAUGUGCCAAUCUACAGCAAACUUAUUGUGGACAGCAUGGUAAUUCAGAAUCCAAGGUUUCGGUGGGACUGGGUUCUUAUUUAUGUGGGCUUCAAGUUCCUUCAAGGAGGUGGAACUGGAGGAAUGGGCCUGCUGAACAAUCUCCGAUCUUUCCUGUGGAUCAGAAUACAGCAGUACACCACUCGUGAAGUUGAGGUUGAACUAUUCAAGCACCUUCAUGGAUUGAGUUUACGAUGGCAUUUAAGCCGCAAGACAGGAGAAGUGCUACGUGUGAUGGACCGUGGCACAGACAGUAUUAACAAUCUUCUAAACUACAUUCUCUUCUCCAUUGUACCUACUAUAGUUGACAUUUUGGUAGCAGUGGGGUACUUCAUAUCUGCAUUUAAUGGAUGGUUUGGACUCAUCGUGUUUGUCACUAUGAGUCUAUAUAUAGCGGCUACAAUCUUGGUGACUGAGUGGCGAACAAAGUUCCAGCGUCGUAUGAACCUAGCAGACAAUGCCCAAAGAGCACGUUCUGUAGACUCACUGCUUAACUUUGAAACUGUCAAAUACUAUGGUGCUGAAGACUAUGAGGUGGACAGCUAUCGUGAAGCCAUCCUUAGCUUUCAGACAGAAGAAUGGAAGUCAAUUGUGACACAGAACAUUUUGAACACCGUGCAGAAUGUGAUAGUAUGUGGAGGGCUUCUCACAGGGUCAUUGCUAUGUGUUCAUAUGGUUGUGACACACCAGGGUCUCACAGUUGGAGACUAUGUCCUUUUUGCAUCAUACAUUAUUCAGUUGUAUGUUCCACUUAACUGGUUUGGCACAUUUUACAGAGCAAUCCAGAAGAAUUUUGUUGAUAUGGAAAACAUGUUUGACUUGAUGCGUGAACAGCAGGAAGUAAUAGAUGCACCAGGAGCUGGCCCUCUGAUGGUGAAACGAGGCGUUGUUGAGUUCCAUAAUGUCAGCUUUGGAUACAUUCCAGAGAGAAUUGUUCUGAAGAAUAUCAGCUUCACUGUGCCAGCAGGCAAGACCGUGGCACUGGUGGGUCCAUCAGGAAGUGGUAAAAGCACAGUCAUUCGGCUUCUCUUUCGGUUUUAUGAUGUAGACUCAGGCUCUAUUGUUAUUGAUGGCCAGAAUAUCAAGACAGUGCAACAAGCAUCAUUACGACGAGCAAUUGGUGUAGUACCACAGGAUACUGUACUUUUCAAUAACUCUAUCAAGUACAACAUCCAAUAUGGCAGGAUCUCUGCACCUGACGGUGACAUUGUAACUGCUGCAAAACAUGCUGACAUUCAUGACAGAAUUUUAACCUUCGUUGAUGCUUACGAAACCAAAGUGGGAGAGCGAGGAUUGAAAUUGAGUGGGGGAGAGAAACAGCGUGUGGCUAUUGCUCGCACACUGCUAAAGUCUCCUGCUAUUGUAUUGCUGGAUGAGGCUACAAGUGCGUUGGACACACAGACAGAGAGGAAUAUUCAAGCAGCUCUGAACAGAGUUUGCACCAACAGGACCACCAUUGUGGUUGCACAUCGACUGUCUACUGUGAUCCAUGCUGAUGAGAUACUUGUACUUGUGGAGGGUGAGAUUGUGGAGCGAGGCAGACAUGAAGAUUUAAUUGCACUGGGCAAUGUGUAUGCAGCUAUGUGGGAGCAGCAGCUGAAAGCAGGUGACAUGUCAGAAAUACAAGAAACUGACGACACGAACAGCAAGGAGAGAAGAGAUAGUAAUGCAUGAGUUAGACAUUUGAAUAUCAGUUUUAACACAUUAAUACCACCUGGGCAUUGGUCAGGCUGGUCUUGCAGCCUACCAUCCUGCCUGAUUUUAUCAAUAGUUUUAAACAUUCAUAUCUCCAGAAGCUGUCAUCCAACAUGUGACAAGUAUUAUUCUUUUAUAAAGAGGGAAAAGGUUGAAAUACUGAUAACUAAACGCUGUAUCAUACUGGAAAUUUGUGGCCAUGUGCAUUGAACAGAGAUAAAUUUAUGUUAGAAGUUACUAUU